AUGCCAAAGGAGGAAAUUUACGACCUUCAUCCUUACGGGUGGGAGAACGACCCAGAAGUGGAGAGAUUCAGAGUAUCCACCCUAGAUUACUUGACAUGCCAAACAUACAACCACUACGCAGUAUUCUUCCGCCUUGACGAUGUCGCCAAACCGAGAGUCGUCGAGGUCCUGAAGGCAGGCCUCGAGAGGACGCUUGCUCAAGUACGCCAGUUGAACGGAAGGAUUGAGAAAGACCCUUGGGGCGAUUAUUCCUUUACCAAGAAGAAGGACUCAACCGUUCGCUUCGUCGUCCAAUGGCUCGACUCUCCCGAGGAUGCCGACAAGUAUCCGUCUUUUGACGAGUUUGAGAAAGCCAACUUUAGCGCCGUAUCGCUCGGUGACCUCCGGCUUUGGGCUGUUUCGCCAAUGACUUACGGUGAGAGGCCCGAGGCUACUCCGGAGCAGAGUCCCGUCACCGCGGGGUUUAAAGCAAACUUUGUCCGCGGUGGACUCAUCUUCAGCACGCACCACCAUCAUUACUCUCAAGAUGUCAUGGCUUGGGCUGGCUUUGUCCAUCAGCUGGCCGAGAACUGUUCUGCUUUUAGUAACGGAACGCCUUAUCCCUCGUGGGAUUCAGCCUGCAAUGAUGUUUCCCGCUUCCUCAAGCCUGAGCCUCCGGAGAAAGAGAAGGUAGACGGGCCACCGCCACCCGAUAGACAUCCCGAUCACAAAGUCGGUGUCUGUCUCCUCUUCCAUCUACCCAAGAGCAAGGCCGCUCAGCUGAAAGAGCUCGCCAAGCCCAAAGAUGGUACCUGGAUCUCAACGUAUGACGCUUUUUCUGCCUUCAUGUGGCGGCACAUGACACGCCUUCGGGCCCCAGUAUUCAAAAAUGCCCCAGAUGAAAAACUCUUUUGGUGCGAGACCAUCGAUAUGCGUCGACGUCUGCACAGCCCAAAGUCACCCGCUCGAACUCAGCAAAACGUCAUGUACGUUGCGAUGUCUACGACCGCACCGGUGGAACAACCCACUGUGUCAGACCUCAUCUCGAAAUGGCCGUUCUGGCGGAUAGCGCGCUAUGUACGCCAGUUGACAGACAGCGUGACGCAAGAAAGUCUUGAUGAAACGCUCAAGAUGGUAGCGACGAUCCGUGUCAAGUCGAGCCUCAACUCCCGCAUCGACUCACACCCGCCCAUGUCGACUAUCGUGGUUGACCACCGUGACGCCAACAUUCCCUCGGCUGACUUUGGCUUCGCGAAGCCCGCAACUUAUCGAUACUUGAUGGGGCGUAUUUCUGAGGGCGGGGUUCUCGUCUACCCGCCCCGAGAUCCCUCGCCCCAGUCUGACGAGGGUCCGGAGAUUGCCAUCAUGUAUGAGAAGGAACUCGCUCAGACUCUCAUCGAGGACCCGGAGUGGAACAAGUUCUUUGAGUACAGGGGCGUCGAUGCUGAGCAUACCGAGGCAUAG